AUGACUGCUGCCUGGAAAGCCGCCGGUUUGACCUACAACCGUUACCUGGCCAUCGCCGCCCGCACGGUGCGCCGUUCCUUGAAGGAUGGCCCUCGCCUCGCCUCUGAGCGCCGCGGCCAGAUGGACCUCCGUUUUGCCAAGUGGGAGAACGGCAAGCAGGGUGAUGUCAAGUCCCUUGCCCAGGCCAACAACGAGGCCCUUGCCAAGGCUGCUGAGAAAUAA